CACAGAUAUGCUUCCUAAUGGAACAAAAACUAGCCUAUUAAAGUGCGCUUUUCCCCUUUCUCUCUUCUUCUUUCUGACAGUCACUGACCGAAUACCUGAUAAACAUUUUAAAGUUCAUAGAAAGCAGGGAUUUGUUCACCAAACAGGCCUCGAGUUAUUCCGCUUGACGCUGGACUACAAUCAAAGAAAGACAUAUAAAACAUUAUUAGUGAUAUUAAGUUCUACUGGCGUUUAAAAUAGGGGGGGAAAGAAACGAAACUAUCGCUAAGGACUGCUGAAGUUUGAAGUGGAAUCGGAAGUAAUAGUGAAAACUUUUAUUUCUGUCGGACUAAAGGAACCUUUCUUCAAUAUGUUUUAUUUUGUAUUAUUCAUUUCAUGGACUGUCUCUGCUGAUGUGUCCGUAGAGCUAACACCAAUCAGAGAAGAAAUAUUUGAUUCAAGCAAACAGCCUCGGCUACAAUGGACAUUCUCCCCAUCAAACGCUUGGAAUGAAACAAAAAUGAAGCUUGGAAAAGACUAUAAACACUCUAUCUAUCAAGCUUGUAACCCAGAAUUGGAUAAUGAUCACAAAACACUGUGGACCAAAUGGAUCCCCAAACAAGAUGCCCAUGAGCUUUUUCUGCACCUAAGUUUUGCCCAAGCGGACCAGGAGCCUCUUCAUAUCUAUGUGCGAGAAUCGGACCAAAUGCACGAUCAGUACUAUAGAAAACCAAAAAUGCAAGCUGUUUUCAAGAUCGCAGUCGAUCAUCCGUUUCCUGAUGCUGUCCCUCAGGAUGAACACCUGAUCCAUGCUAAGGACCUUAAAUUGGGAAAGAUCUCUAAGAAGGGUUUUUUCCUGGGAUUUAGCCACAGCAGCAAGUGCACUUUUAUUGCUUCAAUCCAGGUGUUCUUCCUAAAAUGCCCAGCAUUUGUUUGGAACCAAACGAAAUUUGAGGAAACAGCAGCAGGAGGGUUGGGGAGAGGAGCUUGUGUUAACGGUUCUGUGGAGAUCAGCACCCCAAUGAGGGAAUGUAAAACAAAUGGGACGUGGGGUCCACCGCAGGGGUCAUGUGUCUGUGAAACAGGAUACCAGACAGAUGGAAACUGUUCAGAAGUAAGCCCUCCAGUCAGCCUGUUGUCCCCCGCUGACACCACAGCUGAUUCCAGCCUGGGACUCUCUGCUGGUCUAGUGUGUUCUCUUAUGGUUCUUCUCAUUCUCAUUGCUGUUGUGUUCAUCUUUGUAAGGAGUCACAAGCUCAGUGAAGGUCAAGAAACAGAGCCCUUAUCCAUAUCUGGUGUGACUCGAUAUCGACGCUCUCAAGAACAAGUUUACACCGUUCACCCGGAGCCAGUCAGCACUUGUAGGAUGAGCAGCUGUGAUCAGAUUGGUGAAAAUAGGCCUUUUCCUACCAGAAGUACAGCACUUGUAGGGGAAGUGUCUCAGCGUGAUAAUGGAUAUGUACAGCUGCAUACUGACCGACUUCAGCUGGAAUCCACAAGAUCAGUUGAGGUGCUGGAAGGAAUGAGUGAUAGGCUGCUGUGUUAUCUUAGAGACGUGAUGGUGGAACGGACAAAGCUGACAAUGGGCCAAAAGCUUGGGAAAGGAGAAUUUGGGGCCGUCUAUGAAGGUAUAUUUUCCCCUCAGAAAGGACAAGAUAUCAGAGUGGCAGUGAAAACCUUGAAAGGUGCAGUCCACAGUAAAGAAGAUCUGGAGUCCUUCCUUAAGGAAGCAGAAAUUAUGAAGCAUUUUGAUCAUGUGAAUGUUGUGAAAUUGCUUGGGGUCGCACUGGAGCGGGACCCGGGGUCCUCCAUCCACACACCGCUUGUUAUUCUUCCCUUCAUGAAGCAUGGAGAUCUGCACAGCUUCCUUAAAGCAAGCCGCUACGGUGAUAUUCCCAUGUUUGUGCCUUAUCAGAGUCUUCUGGGUUUCAUGAUUGACAUUGCUGCAGGAAUGGAGUAUCUCAGCCUGCAGGGUUUCUUACACAGAGACCUGGCUGCCCGCAAUUGCAUGUUGGGGGAUGAUAUGCAUGUCUGUGUGGCUGACUUUGGUCUGUCUAAGAACAUCUAUUCCAGUAACUACUAUAGGCAGAAGAAUAUGGAUGUUAACAUGCCUGUGAGGUGGAUGGCUAUAGAGAGUCUGUCUGACUUCUUAUUCACCACCAAGAGUGAUGUGUGGUCUUUUGGAAUAACCAUGUGGGAGAUCACAUCCAGAGGGAAGGUGCCUUAUCCAGGUAUCUCUGGCCAUGAGCUCCUACACUUCCUGGAAAACGGACACCGUCUCAAACAAGGGGACAAUGACAGUAAACUAUAUGAGCUUAUGUUGAGCUGCUGGCACAGAGAUCCCUCUCAGAGGCCAGGAUUUGGAGAGCUGGGCCAGAGCCUCAAAGCACUUCUGUCUGAGCUUCCGGCCCUGGAGGCCAGCGAUGAGGGUCACUACAUCAACCUGAGUCUGAAGGCAGCCAGUGAUCACCAGGAGAGCACAGAGACCCUGGAGCCUGAGGGGGAGAGGAUGAUGUAAACCACAUGUACUAUACCUGCCUGAACCAGUGGGCGGCUUUGUUCUUUACUAGACUCGUGAGGGAAGAGGAGGAAGACCUGCUGUGCAUUACAAUCUAAUAUGAGAAUGUAGUCCACAAUAUGCAUUUAUUAACACAUUUUUUUUUUUAAGCAUUAUGGUGAGAUUUCGGUUUCAGAAAUGACAUAAAAGUAAACAUUGCUAGAAGUACAUAUAAGAAUUCACAUUUAUCAAAACAUAUAUUAUGUUUAUACAUAUACAGUAUUGUGAUUCAUAUUUUUAUUUUUCUACUUUUCUUCUACACUGUAGCCAAUAUAUAUAUAUAUAUAUAUAUAUA